GUUUCGUAAAUUGCAAGAGAUGCAAGAAACUACAGAUAACGUUUGCUAUCACCCCGGGAGCUGCAUCUUGAGAUGAAAUCAGAGCCUGGGGGCUUGGUAGAUACAGCAAUCAGUACCUAUGGAUAGUUUAUCAAAUAAAAACAUCGAUGAAGGGUGUACGCUGUGAGGAGAAGUGGGGUAUUGGCCUGGAUUUGCCUGUGAAUGCAUCCCGAGGAGGCAGCCGAGAAUGAAGAGGGCAAGCAGGAGCGUCGGCCCAGCACCUAAGGCGCCGGGGACAAGCAGAGCACAGGCGGCAGACAGAGCCAGGCCCGAGGGCGGCUGCUCGGCCUCUGCGGGCGGCAGGCCCGCGAAGCCUGGGGCCGCAGCAGCGGUGCUGAAGACCAAGAGCAGUGAUGACCUCUUAGCUGGGAUGGCUGGAGGGGUGACUGUGACCAAUGGCGGCAAAGGGAAGAAGAACGCCUGCUCCGCCGCCGCGCCGCCCGCGCCCGCGCCCGCCACGAGCGCUGCAGAGAACAGGCCCAGGACCAGCACAGGCACGAGUUCUUCAACCAAGCGCAGCACUUCCACAGGUAAUAAAGAGUCCGGUUCUACUAGAGAAAGAUUACGUGAACGUACCCGACUAAACCAGAGCAAAAAACUACCUUCUGCAGGUCAGGGGGCUAAUGACGUGGCGUCGGCCAAACGCUCACGCAGCCGCACGGCUGCGGAAUGCGACGUCCGCAUGAGCAAGUCCAAGUCGGACAAUCAGAUCAGUGACAAAGCUGCUCUGGAGGCCAGAGUGAAGGAUCUUCUCACCUUGGCCAAAACCAAGGAUGUGGAGAUUUUACAUCUGCGGAGCGAGCUCCGGGACAUGCGUGCUCAGCUGGGCAUCAGCGAGGACCCCCUCACCGAGGGUGCCGAGAAGUCCGAGGAGAAGGAAGGCAGCGUCGCGCACCAGCCGACUGGCGUGGCGUCCACCUUGCUGCAGCUGCAGGAGCAGAACACGGCCGUCCUCGAGGAGCUCAGCCAGCUGAAGAGCGAGAACCGGAUGCUGAAGGACCGGCUGAACGCGCUGGGCUUCUCCCUGGAGCAGAGGCUGGACCACUCCGAGAAGCUGUUUGGCUACCGGUCCCUGAGCCCAGAGAUCACCCCUGGUAACCAGGGCGACGGCGGGGGGACGCUGACCUCCUCGGUGGAGGGCUCGGCCCCUGGCUCGGUGGAGGACCUGCUGAGCCAGGAUGAAAACACGCUCAUGGACCGUCAGCACAGCAACUCCCUGGACAACCUGGACAGCGAGUGCAGUGAGGUGUACCAGCCCCUCACGUCCAGCGACGACGCCCUGGACGCGCCCUCGUCCUCGGAGUCAGAAGGCCUCCCGAGUGUCGAGCGCUCCCGGGAGGGGAGCAGCGGGAACGCCAGCGAGGUGUCUGUCGCGUGCCUGACGGAGCGGAUACAGCAGAUGGAGGAGAGCCAGCACAGCACGCGCGAGGAGCUGCAGGCCACCCUGCAGGAGCUGGCCGACCUGCAGCAGAUCACCCAGGAGCUGAACAGCGAGAACGAGCGGCUCGGCGAGGAGAAGGCGAUCCUCGUGGAGUCCCUGUGCCAGCAGAGCGACAAGCUGGAGCUCUUCAGCCGGCAGAUCGAGUACCUCCGCUCCCUCCUGGACGAGCACCACGUUCCCUACGGCAUCGACGAGGACGUGAAGAGCGGCCGCUACAUGGAGCUGGAGCAGCGCUACGUGGACCUCGCUGAGAACAGCCGUUUCGAACGGGAGCAGCUCCUUGGCGUCCAGCAGCACCUAAGCAACACCCUGAAGAUGGCCGAGCAGGACAACAAGGAGGCUCAGGAGCUGAUCGGGGCGCUCAAGGAGCGCAGCCACCACAUGGAGCGGGCCGUUGAGUCCGAGCAGAAGGGCAGGGCGGCCUUGGCCGCCACGCUGGAGGAGCUCAAAGCCACCCUGGCCAGUGACCAGAUCGAGAUGAAUCGCCUGAAGGCCCAGCUGGAGAAUGAGAAGCAGAAAGUGGCGGAGCUGUACUCUAUCCAUAACUCUGGAGACAAGUCUGACAUUCAGGACCUCCUGGAGAGUGUCAGGCUGGACAAGGAGAAAGCAGAGGCUCUGGCCAGUAGUCUGCAGGAAGACCUGGCCCGCAGCCGGAAUGACGCCAGCCGGCUGCAGGACGCCAUCGCAAAGGUAGAAGACGAAUACCGAGCCUUCCAAGAGGAAGCUAAGAAGCAGAUAGAAGAUCUGAACCUGACCUUAGAGAAACUACGGUCAGAGCUGGAAGAGAAAGAGACCGAGAGGAGUGACAUGAAGGAAACGAUCUUUGAACUGGAGGACGAAGUAGAGCAGCACCGGGCGGUGAAGCUUCACGACAACCUCAUCAUCUCCGACUUAGAGAAUACGGUUAAAAAACUCCAGGACCAAAAACAUGACAUGGAAAGAGAAAUCAAGACCCUGCACAGGCGACUGCGGGAGGAAUCAGCGGAAUGGCGGCAGUUCCAGGCUGAUCUGCAGACUGCGGUGGUCAUCGCAAAUGACAUUAAGUCUGAAGCCCAAGAGGAGAUUGGUGACCUGAAGCGCCGCUUACAUGAAGCCCAAGAGAAAAAUGAGAAGCUCACGAAAGAAUUGGAGGAAAUAAAGUCACGCAAGCAGGAGGAGGAGCGUGGCCGGGUGUAUAACUACAUGAACGCCGUGGAGCGGGACCUGGCAGCCCUGAGGCAGGGCAUGGGGCUGAGCAGAAGGUCCUCCACGUCCUCGGAGCCGACGCCCACGGUGAAGACCCUCAUCAAGUCCUUCGACAGCGCGUCUCAAGUGCCCAGCCCUGCCACAGCAGCAAUCCCUCGAACGCCUCUGAGCCCCAGUCCCAUGAAAACCCCCCCUGCGGCCGCUGUCUCCCCCAUGCAGAGACAUUCCAUCAGUGGACCGAUCUCCACGUCUAAACCCCUGACAGCCCUCUCAGAUAAGAGACCAAACUACGGGGAGAUCCCUGUUCAAGAGCAUCUGCUGAGAACGUCUUCGACCAGCCGACCUGCUUCUCUGCCGAGAGUGCCUGCCAUGGAGAGCACAAAGACCAUCUCAGUGUCCAGACGAAGCAGCGAGGAGAUGAAGCGUGACGUAUCCGCUCCUGAGGGUGCAUCGCCCGCCGCCCUCAUGGCCAUGGGGGCCACCUCGCCGCAGCUGUCGCUCUCCUCCUCGCCCACAGCCUCCGUGACCCCCACCGCCCGGAGCCGCAUCAGGGAAGAAAGGAGGGACCCUCUGUCCGCCUUGGCGAGAGAGUACGGGGGGUCCAAGAGGAACGCCUUGCUGAAGUGGUGUCAGAAGAAGACCGAGGGCUACCAGAACAUUGACAUCACCAACUUCAGCAGCAGCUGGAACGACGGGCUGGCCUUCUGCGCCCUCCUGCACACCUACCUCCCCGCACACAUCCCCUACCAGGAGCUCAGCAGCCAGGACAAGCGGAGGAACUUCACGCUGGCCUUCCAGGCGGCCGAGAGUGUCGGCAUCAAGUCCACACUGGACAUCAAUGAGAUGGUGCGGACCGAGAGGCCCGACUGGCAGAACGUGAUGCUCUAUGUGACCGCCGUCUACAAGUACUUCGAGACCUGAGCGCCUGCGGCCCAUCACCAGGGCCCAGCGCCCACCGCUCCGUGCCCGGCAAGCUUCCUGCACUCCGGCCGCCCGCCCCGCGGAGACGUGGCCUGUGGCCCGACCCUCUCACCCGCCUGGGUCGGAGCCGUGGUGGGAGGCUCAUCCUCCGCCAGCCGGGGCAUGUGGCUUCCUGCGCCUGCAGCUCUGGGGAGCACCUCGGCCACCCACCCGAGACCCGGAGUCAGGAGCCUGCCAGGACCUGCCCGCCUCCAGCCCCCAGGCUCCCGCUCACAGACGUGUCAGCUGCCCUCCAGCUCCAGGGGCCUGGAAACCUGGUGCCAGCUUCAAGGUCCUAACAGAUGCAUCCUCCACAAGCAGUUCUUGAGUUAAAAAGUGUUUUUCUUAGCAAUACUGGGGGGAAGAGCUCCUGUUCUCUCAGUACCAAAGUUAAAUCGUUUUACUAAGCAUAGCGAUGAAACAGCAUCCGGACAUGAGGCGGUGAAAGCCAGGACCAGCGUCGCGAGAAACCGGAGGAAAAGCUGAGCGAGCCGAGGCCCAGACACUGCGACUUCAGCCCCUGCAGCGCUCGGACAUGGCCUGCCUCCAGCAGGUGGACAAAGUGCCUUAGCUCUGCAGGCCAGGCCGCAUCCUGGUGACCAACCUCGGCCCGUCCUGGGGCCCGGGAGCUGCUGGGGUGACCUGCGUCCAGAACCCAGACUGGCAGGCGGAAGGGCGGCCCGCAUCCCGGGGGCUUGUGGUGAGGAGGCAGCCGGGUGGCGGGCGCUGUGGCUCCGUGAGGCGGGAGGUUCUGGACCAGGGCACAGACGGGCUGCCAGCCGGGCAGACGGGGCCGGGAUGGACUGCUGGCCUCACUCGGCAGCUCCGUCUGGGGAGGCUCUGGGUGGAGCACCGUUGUCAGCCGUGAGCAGCGCCUGGCCGGAGCCCAGGGCCCCGGAGGACACCUGCCGGCCGCCCUGCCAGGCCUCGCGUCUGCUUUGCGGGCACCGCUGGUCCUGCCUGGUGGCCGUCGGGGAGAAGGGCCGCGCUGCACGUCUCUCCCCUCGGCUCCUCCCUCUCCCGCACUCGUGGCAGCCUGCGUGCCCGGCCUGUGGCUGCGACUGAGUCUUAUUUAUUAAGUGGGGGCCACUUUCCUGUCCAGCGGAGACCUCCCAGGGUCUGCAGGCCGCUCACUGUCCCUGGCGGCGCCUGCUGCAGGGCCUGGGGUGGGGGCCCCGGUAUCCCCUAGGGGAGGGCCCGGCUUCGGCCCAGGGCUGGUGGGGCUGCAAGGGGGUCUCCCGGGGCCCCUGCUGCCUCCGAAUACAGCCCGUGUGGCCCGGCUCUCGGUCCGCACAGGGGUCCCACGAGGAGACUGCAGGAGGCCCGUCGGGACUGCCGGCUCUCAGGGGCAGUCUGGACGGCCUGGUCCCAGACGUGCCGCCAGGCCCAGCCUGCCUGCAGCCAGGGCGCCAGGGGCCAGCUGCUUCUUCCCACCAAGCACAAGCUUCCUGCAAAAGGACCCGUGGGCUUUUUCUUGACAACAGAAUUCUGCUGACGACACCCUGAGUUUUGUUCUAUUAAAUACUCCUGAAUGUAUUAAAAGUGCUG